CCCUUUCCUCCUCCACUUAUAAAUUUUGGGACUUAGGGUUUCCUUUUCUUCCACAUUCAGUAUGAGUACUUUGGACAUAUAUCAGUCCCAUCUCUACCCAUUCACCGCCGAUGCUGUCGCUUCCUAUGCUGAAUAUCGUGCUGGGUUGGAGAUUAAACAGAAGGAUAACCUUCGGAAAUUCAGUGGGAGUCCCUCGCUUAAACUUAAGAGUUUGUCACCACAAGUCAGGAAGCGGGUGGAGGCUUUGAAAAACCUUCAGGGUCAACCUGCAGCGCUGAAAGCUUUAUUGUCGGAGAAGGCUGUACUUAAAGAUGGUUAUGAGAAGCUGCAUGAAUCAUUGCACACGAAGAGUGAACGUGAUGCGCUUCAAGCUUUAUUUUUGAAGGAGAAGACUGUACUUGAAGCUAAAUAUGAGAAGCUGCAUGAAUCGUUGCACAUGAAGAGAUAUGAAAUAGUAAAUGGUAUUGUUGAAGUAGAAGGUGAUAAUAUGGGGACAGGAGAUGAGAAAGGUAUUCCCAACUUCUGGCUGACUGCAAUGAAGGCCUUUGAGAUAUAUGAAGAUGAGAUGAACAUCUCACCGGGGGAUGAAGAAGCUUUAAAGUACCUCAAGGAUAUCAAGUGUUGUUCAGUCGAUCAUCCAAAGGGUUUUAAACUUGAGUUCUUCUUUGAUACAAACCCUUUUUUUAAGAAUUCUGUGUUGACAAAGACCUGUCACAAAAGGAUAAAAAAGGAUAUGGCGAAUAACAUAACAUGGACAGAUAUUGAAUGGUAUCCAGGAAAAUGCUUGACAAAGAGGAUGGUAAAAUGCAAUCCAAAUAAGAAGUUAAAAAAUGCUAAGCCCAUGAUCAGGAAUGUGGAUUGGGAAGACUUCUUCAAUUUUUUCAAACCGCCACGGGUUACAGGACUCCAGUGUCAAAUGCAAGAAGAUUACGAAAUUGGCUCAAUAUUUCGGAACAAAAUAAUCCCUCAAGCAGUGAAGUGGUUUACUCGUGGUGUAGCUGAAAAAGAAGACGAAGACUCUAAGAAAAUGGAAUAUCAUUUUACUCGACAUGUAACGAGGCAAGACAAUUUUGAAGAAGAAGAUAAUAGUGAGGAUGAUUAUGACCAUCAUCAUGUUGGAUAUCAACAUCAUAGUGGAUACCACUCUUGUUGAUGGAAAGUCCAUAGGAAUACCAGUUUUCCUAAGAAUGAACAGCAGAUGUAUUUAUCAGGAAUUCGAACAAUUCAAUUGACAACAAAGCUUUACAUUACAACAAUGUUGGAAUUGUUCUGUCUUCUGGUUUUGAAAAUGCAAACAAGAAAAUAACUCUUUUCCUAUUAUUUUUGGGACUCCUUUUUGUUUAUUCUUCCCUUAUCUUAGGUGAAAGACAGUGUCUCUCAUUGGUUGUGGAAAAAACUUUUCUCCUCCUUGUAUUGUAUUGUAUCGUAGGGAUUGUAAAGAGCUAGUAAAAGGGAGUGGUCUCGUAUACAUGAGAAUUGGGCUUACAAGACAAAACAGGUUGAGUUUUGACCACUCUUGCGCGAGAUGUAUGUGAUGCCUAAUGAUUUUGCAAG